ACAGUACGUAACAAUUUGCUCAGCCUCUCUCUCACGAUAUACCUAACUAAAAACAAAACAAGAAGAAGAGAAGACUAGUUUGGGAAGAAAAAGUGAAGAUGAUAACAGUUGAAGAAGCACUGAAAAUCGUACUAGGAGUUGCUCAACGUCUUCAACCAGUGACGGUCCCACUUCACCAAGCUCUCGGUAAAACCUUGGCCCAAGACAUUCAAGCUCCUGAUCCUCUUCCUCCUUACCCUGCCUCCAUCAAGGAUGGUUAUGCAGUGGUUGCUGCGGAUGGUCCUGGAGAGUAUCCUGUUAUUACUGAAUCUCGGGCCGGAAGCGAUGCUGUUGGUGUGACUGUGACUCCUGGAACUGUUGCAUAUGUGACUACUGGAGGGCCUAUCCCUGAUGGAGCUGAUGCGGUUGUUCAGGUGGAAGACACUGAACGAAUUGAAAGUGAUCCUAGUCUGCCUAAGCGAGUAAGAAUAUUGGUGCAAACAAGGCCAGGUGUUGAUGUUCGCCCAGUGGGCUGUGACAUUGAGAAAGAUGCUGUGGUGUUGAAGGCUGGUCAUCUUGUUGGUGCCUCUGAAAUCGGACUGCUUGCCACUGUUGGCGUGACAAUGGUGCAGGUUUAUCGUACUCCAACAAUUGGUGUGCUUUCAACUGGAGAUGAACUAGUGGAGCCAACAACCCAAAAUCUAGGCUGUGGUCAGAUUAGGGACUCCAACCGUGCUAUGCUGCUAGCAGCUGCUGUACAACAGAGUUGCAGUAUUGUAGACCUUGGCAUUGCUCGUGAUGAUGAAGUGGAGCUUGAGAAAAUCAUGGACAAGGCCUUUUCUGAUGGAGUUGACAUAAUUUUAACAUCUGGUGGUGUUUCUAUGGGAGACCGAGAUUAUGUGAAACCAUUGCUUGAGAAGAGAGGAAUAGUGCAUUUCAGCAAGGUUCUUAUGAAGCCAGGGAAGCCAUUGACAUUUGCUGAGAUCAAUUUGAAGCCAACUCAAAAUGUGAAUGUUAACAAAGUUCUGGCCUUUGGUUUGCCUGGAAAUCCUGUUAGCUGUUUAGUCUGUUUCCACCUCUUUGUGGUGCCUACCAUACGUUUUCUUUCUGGACAGACAAACUCUGACGUUCUGAGGGUUCAUGCCCGCCUUGAGCAGCCCAUUAAAACAGACCCUGCCCGUCCUGAAUUUCACCGUGCAAUUGUUACUUGGAAGGAAAAUGAUGGAUCAGGGAAGCCUGGUUUUGUUGCUGAGAGCACUGGUCGACAGAUGAGCAGUCGUCUUUUAAGUAUGAAGUCCGCAAAUGCACUAUUGGAGCUUCCAGCUGGAGGCACCUUGCUUCCUGCUGGAACAUCUGUGUCUGCAAUUAUUAUUUCAGAACUGAGCUCUACUAUGAAAAAGGAUUCAUCAGUACAGAAUUCACCUAUAGAAACAACUGUAAGCAAGUUCCAAAAUGAUGAUGUUCGAGUUGCUAUUCUGACAGUUAGUGAUACAGUCGCAUCAGGGGCUGGGCCUGAUCGUAGUGGCCCAAGGGCUAUUUCUGUUAUUAAUUCUUCAUCGGAGAGGCUAGGAGGGGCCAAGGUAGUUUCAACUGCUGUUGUUCCAGAUGAUGUACCCAAGAUUAAGGAUGCUUUAAAGAGAUGGAGUGAUGUAGAUAAAGUAGACCUCAUCAUCACACUAGGUGGCACCGGUUUCACCCCAAGAGAUGUUACUCCAGAAGCAACAAAAGAUGUAGUGGAAAAGGAAACUCCAGGACUUCUAUAUGUCAUGAUGCAAGAGAGUCUCAAGGUGACGCCAUUUGCCAUGCUGUCGCGUUCAGCUGCAGGAAUAAGAGGAUCUACACUGAUUAUCAACAUGCCGGGCAAUCAAAAUGCUGUGGCUGAAUGUAUGGAAGCACUGUUGCCUGCGCUCAAACAUGGUUUGAAGCAAAUAAAAGGAGACAAGAGAGAGAAACACCCUCGUCAUGUUCCGCACUCCCAGGCUGCACCUGUGGAUACCUGGGAACAGAGUUACAGAACAGCCACUACCACCUCUGCCAGUAUCGAAAAGGAGCAUGGCUGUUCGUGUUCACACUGAGAUAAUGAUCAGGCAUGUAAACUAGACAGCAUGUAUCAUCUUGAAAAUAAAUUAAUUUUAUUGCUUCCAAUUGUCUCUCUGAUGUACAUUUUUUGUUGAGUAAUUUUUACACUGAUUCAUAGUAGAGAACUAUUUCGUUUAUUUUUGAAGGCCAUUAUGUUUUUGAAUUUAAAUCCAUUGCAAUUACUUCUA